AUGGGGUGGAGGUGUGGGGGGUGGGGGGAGGGUGUGGGGGGGUUUGUUUUGUGGGGUUGGGUAGGGAGAUUGGGUGAUGGGGGUUUUGGGGGGUGGGGUGAGGGGUUAGUAGGGGGUAGGAGGGGGGGGGUGGGGGGUGGGGUGUGGGGUGGUAGGGGGUUGAAGGUUGUGUGUUGGGGGUGGUUGUGUGGGAGGGGUUGGUUGAUGGUAGUGGUGAUUGUUGGGGGUGGUUGGGGUUGGUGGGAUGUAGGGGGGGGGAUGGGUUGUUGGUGGGGUUGGGGGGGGGUGGGGUUGUGA